AUGGCAUGUUGGAUUUUGAAUGAAAAACUCUCGGUCCUGUUAUUAUUGGUGUGGCUGGGAUUGAAUUUAUAUUUGUUUAUUGAUACCUUCUAUUGGUAUGAAGACGAAGAUGCUUACACUUAUACACGGAUUAUGCUGGGAUCAACGCUGGCGUGGGCAAGAGCUUCUGCAACGUGCCUUAAUUUUAACUGCAUGCUAAUCCUGUUACCAGUCAGCAGAAAUCUUAUUUCAUUCUUAAGAGGAGCAAACAUUUGCUGUGGAGGAGCACUGAGGAGACAGCUUGACAAAAACAUCAUAUUUCACAAGAUGGUUGCCUAUGGAAUAUCUGUAAAUGCAACCAUCCAUAUUGUUGCCCACUUGAUCAACAUUGAGCGGUAUCAUAACAGCCAGUCAGAGGAAGCAGGGGAGUUACAGAAAAAACUUUCUGGCCUUGGCAAAAGCCCAAAUGAAAGCUACUUGAACCCAAUCAGAACCUAUGAAAUGAACACAAUAGGAGAGGUGCUGACCACCAUAGCUGGAGUAACUGGAGUUGUGAUAACUGUGGCUCUUGUUUUGAUCGUGACUUCAUCCACAGAGCUCAUCAGAAGAUCGUGCUAUGAGGUGUUCUGGUAUACCCACCACCUCUUUGUGGUUUUCUAUAUUGGUUUAAUAAUCCAUGGUAUGGGUCAGCUAAUUCGAGGUCAGACAUCCCAGAGUCUGCUACUUCAUAACGUCACUUACUGUAAAGAUCACUACUUGGAAUGGGAGAAAGUCACUCAGUGCCCUUUGCCGCAGUUUUCUGGCAAGAAACCUGUGGCUUGGAAGUGGGUUUUAAGUCCUGUGGUGUUGUAUAUCUGUGAAAGAAUUGUUAGAUUCUGGAGAUUUCAACAGGAGGUGGUCAUUACUAAGGUGGUGACUCAUUCUUCUGGAGUCCUUGAGCUUCACAUGAAGAAGCAUGGCUUUAAAAUGGAAGCUGGUCAGUAUAUCUUUCUGCAGUGCUCAUCGGUGUCAUCGCUGGAGUGGCACCCCUUCACCCUCACCUCAGCUCCUGAGGAAGACUUCUUCAGUGUUCACAUCAGGGUGGCUGGGGACUGGACUGCAGCCCUCUUCAAGGCCUUUGGAGCAGAGGAAAAAGCUUUCAAGGAGUUGUGGAUGUUACCAAGACUGGCUGUGGAUGGACCAUAUGGAUCUGCAAACACAGAUGUUUUUCACUACAGAGUGAGUGUGUGCAUUGCAGCAGGGAUAGGAGUCACACCAUUUGCUUCUAUUUUAAAAUCCAUUUGGUACAAGUGCUGCAAUCCUAACACAGUACUGGCGCUGCAGAAGGUUUAUUUUUACUGGAUCUGUCGAGACCCAUCAGCAUUCGAGUGGUUUGCUGAUCUUCUGUUCCUUUUGGAAACAAAAAUGGCUGAAAAAGGGAAAAAUGAUUUUCUAAGUUAUCAUAUAUUUCUUACUGGUUGGGAUGAAAGUCAGGCUACUCACAUAGCCCUACAUUAUGAUGACAAGAUGGAUGUAAUUACUGGUUUGAGACAGAAGACCUUCUAUGGAAGGCCAAACUGGGACAAUGAGUUCAAGCAGCUAGCCGAAAAACAUCCUAGCAACAGUAUUGGAGUAUUCUUCUGUGGACCCAAGACUCUCUCUAAGAUCCUUCAAAAGAUGUGCAGCUCCUAUUCAUCAGUUGAUCCAAGAGGAGCUCAGUUUCACUACAAUGAAGAAAGUUUCUAGGCUGUACCUCUCAAUUCUGUAAUAGGUAUUACCAAGUUGUGCAUUUUUCCUCACCUUCUCCUGUCCUCUUCCCAUUCUGCAGCAUUCAGUCCAGAUGUUGAGAACUGUAAAUUGAAGCAGCUGCACUGACUUCAGCAGGAAAAUGCCAACUAAAGUUUUGGACCCUAGCCUAAACUAAAGUUUUGGGUCCUUAGCCUUUCCUUCAAAGAACUUAAGGGCUGAUUCUUCAUUGCUUAGUCAAUGAUGCUGUGAAUCCAAGCACACCUCUGUGAAAACAAAUACAAAUCACUACGCUUUAUAAAUCACAUUCAAAUCACUAAACUUUAAAGAAAAAGGUGCAAGAAAAAUGGCCAUUUAGAUCUGUAUGUUGCUAUUGUGUAUGAUCAAACUACUACUGCAGGCAAUACUAUCAUUCCUGCUGUUUAAAUCAUGCCCAGUCAUUCAAAGCAUUUUCCUUCCUGGUGUUCUGAUCUUGCACUUCUAGUCUCCUACUGAGCCACAUCUACAUUGUCUUUUGUGCCAUAGAAAUAGUGUUUAAAUAUGCACUUCCUAACAAAUUCCUUUUGACCUACCAAAGCAGGCACCAUUUAAACCUGUCAUUUCUGCAGUGAUACUGGUGGUGCAUGCAAUAAUAUAAUAUUUUCUGAAGGUUAAGUAGACUCCAGAAAUUUUUGUUGUCAGCAAAUGGAUCUCCUGAGACAGGCAGCUGAAACUGAGGGAAUAAGUAACAGGUGUCUUUUAAAUGCCACACUGCUUCACGGGCAUUGAAGAACAGGCUUUAAAAUAUACAGGUUCAAAGAUUCAGAGAUAUCACAGGGUGGCUGAGGUGGGAAGGGACCUCUGGAGGUUUUGGGUCAUGUAUCCCUUCUUCCACGUCUUCUGCACUUCUUUUGUUUUGUUUUGUUUUUCUUUAUGAGAGCCUUGUUCAUCCAUGCAGGCCUCCUACCACCUUUGUUGGACAUCCUCCACAGCCAGAUGGAUCAUUUUUGAGCUUGGAGGAGGUGAUUCUCAAAAAUCAUCCAAUUAUAUGGAUUUCUCUUUUCUUCAGGACCUUACAUGGGAUCCUUCCAAGCAGGUCCCUACCAGAGUCUACUCUCCUGAAGCUUAGAGUUGUGAUUUGCCUUGUAUCUCUCUCUCUCUGGAUCCUGAACUCCACCAUCUCAUGGUCACUGCAGUCAAGGCUGCCAUGAACCUUUACAUACUUGACCUGGUUUGUAAGUGUGAGCUCCAGCAGAUUGCCUGCCUUAAUUAGAUCCUCAAACACCUUCAUAAGUAAGCCAUCAUCACUGUGCUCCAGAAAUCACAUGAAUUGCUUGGUCCCUGUCAUGUCCCUCCAGCAGAUAUCAGUGUGGUUCAAGUUCCCUAUGAGGACCAAAACAUGUGAACAUGAGACUUCUAUUUGCCUGAAGAAGGUCUCAUCUGCUUCUUCUUUAUUAGGUAGUUUGUAGCAGAUGCCCACCACAACAUAACCCACAUUGGUCUGCCCACAAAUCUUGACCAGCUCUCAGCUGGCUUCUCAACCAUCCCUAGGCUGAGCUCCAUGCAUUCCUGCUGCUCUCUCACGUACAGGACAGCUGCCCUCCUCAGCAUCCCAGCCUGUCCUUCCUAAAGAGCCUGUAGCCAUCCACUGCUGCUCUACAAUCAAGUGAAUUGUCCCACCAUGUUCCUAUAUUCCCAAUGAGAUCACAGCCCUUCAAUGGUAUGCAAACCUCUAAUUCUUCCUCUGUCCCCUCUAUGCCAUGUGUGUUAGUGUACAGCACUUUAGAGAGGCAUCUUGUCAUGUGGGUUUUCCAGAGAAGGUAUGAGAACUUCCUUCACCAUGUUGUCCUGCAGACACUUGCUUGUUUGCGUGCAUAUUCUUGCAGUGGGCCUCCUUCUGCCCUGUUUUGCUGAUUACAGCACCUCUCCUGUUCACAUCAUCCUGCACACUUGGACAACUGUGUUUCCUCACUUGGUCAUCGGCCAACCACUCCCUACCAUUGUUCCUAGUCUAAAAUUCUCCUCACAGGCUGGCCAGCAUAUGGGCCUUUGCCCACUGCAGGCAGAUCCCAUGUUUUCCUAGGAGUCCUCGAUCCUCGAAGGGGGAUCGGUCGUGUAAGCCACCUCCCUGUUGUCAACACCAGCUGCACAAACAGAUACCGACUUUCAGGAUCCAUCCCCAAGUUCUGCAUCACAUCGAAAAGCCUUUUGGUUGGUUGGUUAUUCAACAAAGUCUGCAGAUGGGGGAGGAACUGUAUUUGCAUGCCAUUUCAUCACAUGCCAAGCCUUGAGAAUGGUGCAUCUGAAAUGCACCCAUACCUAUAUCACUGCCUAGUGUUUUUAGUGUUCUUAUUUGCAUUUCUCCUGUUUCAGUUUGUCUUGUAACUGAUCCAGCCUUUCCUCACAGGUCACAGACUGUUACCCAGAACCGAUUUUGUUCUCUGUUAUGCUGAGAGGUAGUUAUGAAACAAUAAGUCAUUUUUAAUCUCUGCGGACCUUCUGAGGUGGCUGCUAGGAGUCCAGACAUACAGUUCAGGCCAGCUACUGAGCUGUCUGACAACCAUGUGGCAAAGAAACUAGCCAGGGGCCAGCAGUCCCUGGAGUCACAUCUUCUAAUGUGGUGGGACUAGUGUAAAAUUUUGCAUGCCACAGUAUGGUGCUGUCGCCAAGAGACAACUGUCUCCAGCUAGUUAGGUUAGCCAGCCUUGAGGCACAUUGUGUGUCAAAGUGAUGAAACUAUGGCCUUCGGAAGACCCCAGUCUUUACUCCCACCUUCUAAUGUCUCUUAUUGGCACAACAGCUGCUAUUGUGUAGUUCCUGUCCUCCAAAAGAGGUGCUUCCCUCGCAGCUUUGCAUUGCUCAUCCUCCAAGUCUACCUGAAUGUAUCAUUACUGCCUUUCAAGACCUGAUGUUGUCUUGCACCUUCAAGUACUAUUUGUACUUAUCUUUGUGACUUCAGCACUGUUGAGUAUGUGGAACAUCAGAUAGCUUUAGAAGGAUAGGGGGAAACAAAAUAAAAAAUGUGGGACUCAUGUAAGCUAGAAAACCAUGGAAAAUAUUUCCUUACUUUGCUCCCCCAGCACAGAAAGUUAAAGAAAAUCUCCACCCAAAUUGGCCUGAGGUGUAGUGAAGUUCACUGGGAUCACAUAAUGCAUUUACUCAGCGACACAAUAAAGGUGGGAGGUAGAAAACAUCCUGUGUAUAUCUUGAAUAAGAUGAAUGACAACAUUAUAUAUGUACACUUAUACAUAUACGCACGGGAAAUGCCCACUAGAGGUGACAUAGCUUUAUAGACAAAAGAAACAAUAAUAAAAAUUAUGUCACAGAGGACUACAAGAUUAUUUUAUAUCUUUUCUAUUGGAGGUUAAUGGUAUGUGUGAACUGAGCUUGAUCUACAAGAUACGGUUGUAUUAUUAUUAAGUUUAGGGCAAUGCAUCUUUAUUUUAAAAUUGUUGAAGUUUUCUUAAACGCCUGCCUGUGUGAAAUGAUUAAUGUGGUGCAUACUGUGUAGCAGUAGAGUGAGUGGAGAAUUAGAGCCUCUGCCAGUUCACCUAGAGGCAUUUAUCUUUUAUUUUUUCCCUGGUGCCCGUGCUGAGCCUCAGGGUAAGCUGACACAUUUUUUAAUAUAAAUUAAGCUUCUUUUUUUUAUGUGCGUUGAAAAUCUUGAAGGAAAUGAGAAAUGUGUGUAGGCACCAAUACCAGCUGCCAUUGCAUGAAAGAAAGAGGUGACAAUUUCCUGCAGAUUCUGAAUGAUUGUUUUAAUGGGGUUGGAUCGGAGGUAACAAGCACAAAGAUAUUGUGCUGCCAGAAAAACAGGAUCUGUUCUCCCCCUAGCCUCAUGCAACAAGAUGUAACAUUUAGCUUCUGGCUCAACAUGGCAUCUCUUCACUGCUUUGAUUUAUUCCCACUUUUGCAAAUCACUGUGGUAUGCUACAGGAGAUGCAUUUAGAGCCCUUGUUAUAGUUCAUUGAGUAGCACUGCUGUUAUCGCCACCAGAGGAGAAUUUCACAUGUAUCAGGACUGAGUGACCUAGAAUAAAAGAAAAAUAAUAAUAAUAAUAAUAAAAAAGAAGUGGGAAGGUUUGUUGGACUAGGAUGAAACUGCAUUUAGGUUGAAUGAAAAUCCCUUUAUUACAAAUACAAUUUAAAUCAAAAUGGAAACUAAGAAGAUUUGGCUUCCUGCCUUGUUUUGAAUAACACUGAGCACACAGCAGCUAUGAUAAUGUGAGUGCAUAUGUAAUGACUCUAUUAUUAUGUUUAUAUAUGGAAACAUCAUUCACUGUCAUGGAAAAUGAAACAUAUCUUCAUGGAUUUGUCCGUUCAGCUUCUUCAGCAGGAAGUGUUCAGCACUGUGUAGGAAAAUAGUAGUAAAUAAAAUAUAGUCAUAACAACACAAGCUGAUCACAUCCUGUGACAGAAAACUAAUCAUAGACAAGGAUCAUAAAUACACAGAUCAAUUAUUUUGGCUCUAACAAUAAAAAUAAUGGUAUUACAAUAAGAGUUGUGUUAUGAUAAUUUAAGCUUGAUCACUAGUAAGCAUAAGUUGAAAUAUAUUUUUUAUGUUUUGGGCUCUCCUCCUUUCUCCCUCCUUCAAAGUUACACAUGUAGUAGAAAUUAUUUAAGCAAGUGUGUGUCUUAGGUUAAACAGGAACCACCACUUUUAACAGGAUGUCUGUCAUAUGGGACAUGUACCAUACCAUUACAAAGAUCUCCUGCUUCUUUCCUGCUUUCAGAUGUAAUAAAAGGGUUCAGAGGAAAUGUUAACUGCAAAAAAAGUGCAAAACUUUUCAAAUGUUUGAGUAUUUCUGAUUAGCAGGAGAUCUUAUGAGAACUGCCUUAAAGGCAGCUCAGCCACUCUGGAAAAGUAAUAAACUUAAAUGA